GGGAGGGGCGGUGUGUUAUUUUGCAUUCCUGCAGUGUGUGCCCUUUAACCCCGUUGUUAUGUUCCCCCCUGCAUUCCUGAGUAAGAGGAUUUCCUGCAGUAGUCGUAGUAGCGUGCGGACUCGCCUUCUGUGUGUGUUUACAACGAAGAGCCGACAACAACAACAACAACAACAACAACAACAACGAAAAGGAAACGCGCUUUGGUUUUGAAUUGACGAAAAAAAAUAGCCUGUAAAAAUACCCCCCCCCCCCCCCCCCCAAAAAAAAAACGACAUCUACGCUUAAAAGCAAAAGACGAACCCUCCCGAAGAAAUGAAGGACAAACAGAAGAAAAAGAAGGAGCGCACGUGGGCUGAGGCUGCCCGCAUGGUGUUGGAGAAUUUUUCUGAUGCUCCCAUGACACCGAAACAGAUCCUGCACGUCAUCGAGACAAAGGGACUCAAAGAGAUGAGCGGGACUUCACCUUUGGCAUGCCUGAACACAAUGCUGCAUUCACAGUGCAGAGGAGACGAUGGGAUCUUUUUCAAGCUUCCUGGCAGAUUGAGUCUUUUCACUCUGAAGAAAGAUGCCCUGCAGUGGUCCAAAAGCAUGGCAGUGCCAGAGGCAGAUGGUUUAGAAGACUCUGCAGACGUGGAAAGCUGUGAUUCCAAUGAAACGAGCAGUGCAAGUGGGGAAAGCGAUAUGUCCUUGGAAGAGACCUCAUCUAGUGCUUCAUGUUCCACAGAAACGCAAAGCAAGCAGACCCCUCAGGCCAGACAGAGCAGCCUCAGAGCAGCACAGCAGGGGAGGGCAGCCAGUGCCUGCUCUGAGAGAGAAUCUGGAAGGCAGAGAAAGAAAGGUGUCAUGAUGCCUCGUGUUGUACUGACCCCUCUGAAAGUAAACGGAGAGCACGUACCCUCAGGUUUUCCAGGCAAGCGCAGAGAAGCAGAGUUGAGCAGCACCUGUAGCAGCAGCUCCGCAAUCGCCUGCAGCAGCUCGUUGAGAAGCAGGGCAGAACUGAGCAGGAAACAUGGGCAGCGCUUCAAAAACCUGCACAAGUCACGGACAGGACAAAUGAAGAGAAACAAAGGGGAAGAGGUUGAUUUUGAAACGCCAGGCUCUAUCUUGGUCAAUACCAAUAUCCGAGCACUGAUCAACACACGGACACUUGCGACUUUGCCUCCCCAUCUCCAGCAGCAGCUGCUGCUCCUGCUUCCAGAGGUUGAUCGACCGGUUGGUGCUGAUGGGCUGGCACGUCUCAGCAGUUCUGCACUGAAUAAUGAAUUCUUUACACAUGCAUCACUGUGCUGGAAGGAGAGGCUUGCAGAUGGAGAAUUCACACAUGAGAUGCAGGUGAGAAUCCGCCAGGAAAUGGAAAAAGAAAAGAAGGUGGAAUUGUGGAAGGAGAAGUUCUUUGAGGAUUACUAUGGGCAGAGGUUGGGCUUAACCAAAGAGGAAUCACUAAAGCAGACCUUGGUGCAAGAAGACUCAGGAAAUCUGACUGCCGCUGCCAUUCCGACUGGACCCGCCAAGAAGCGAGCUGCUGGUCGCAGACGAAAGGACGGGCGCCUGAGGAGACGCUCCAGGUCAGACCUCAGGACCAGAGCUAGACGGGCUCUUUGCAGACAACCCAAGCUGGAGGAAGCCGAAGAUCAUUCUGAAGCUGCUGCUGCUUCAGGUAUUGAAGCCACUUCACAGGGAGAACAUAAAAUACAGACAGACUUGGAGGAAGCUGGGACUGAAGCCCAGGCAACUCAUGCAAUAUCUGUUGCUGCUGUUUCACUUGUAGGGGGUCAGUUGGAGACGCCUGCUGGCUUGUGUUCUGUGGACUCCUGUAGUUCAUACGAUAAUCAGAGAGACCUUGGCGCUGCUUCUGCUUCCCCUGACCAGAGAGCCUACCUUAGCGCUGAUGCCAGCGACAAGAACAACUCUGAGGAGGUGAAGGACCAGAAGAGGAAAUUCGGCGAGCCCACAGCCUCCACCUCCUUCCCCGAGAAAAAGCCACGUCUUGAUGAUCGCCAGUCCUUUCGGAACACAAUUGACUGUGUUCACUCAGAAAAGCCACACCGCACCAAAGAGGAACCAAAAGUGCCACCUAUCCGAAUCCAGCUUUCCCGGAUCAAACCACCCUGGGUGGUUAAAGGACCGCCCACAUACCAGAUAUGCCCUCGGAUUAUCCCUAAGCAAGAGACAGACAGCCGAGGCAGGACCGGAGCCCGGACACUUGCUGACAUUAAAGCCCGUGCCCAGCAGGCCCGGGCACAGAGGGAGGCAGCAGCUGCUGUCGCGGCCGUCGGGGGAGGUGGAGGGCCGGAAAGAGGAGGAGGACCAGGAGGGGGUGGAGGAAGAAGGGACUGCUACGAACCAGCAGAGCCUGGAGGAAGCAAAGGAGCGCUUACAGAGGCUUUGUCAAAUCAUCUCGAAGGAGCACAGCUACAGCAGAACACUGUAGCCAGCACAGAGGACGAGAUGGUGUCAGAGACUGAGCUCUUGCAGAAUGUUAAAUCUGAAAUUAUUCAAACUGAAAUAUCUUUGGAAAAAGAUUGCAAAAUUAGAGUUCUGCCCAAUAUCUCUCAUCCUUCUGUAGGCAGUGCAAGGUACGCAGAUCCAGCUGGUAUAGAUCAUACGAGUGCUUCUCAACAGAUUGACCCGAAUUACACAGAACAUAUGAUCUACACUGAAGAGGUGGAGCCUGUGAGUGAAGAAGAUAAACCCGUCCAGGUUCUAGAAACCCAAGAACAAGUUGUGGAAAUGAUGUGUGAACCUGUUGGUUUGGAAGAUCACUUAGAGACUGAAACCAGCUCUGAAGAGAUUGAAUGCCAGUAUUUUGAAGUAAAGAGUGAUGUGGUAACAGUGCUGGUUCCCACAUCUAUACCUGACACACUGCCAAGGUUUGGAGCAGAAGGCAUUGAUGCCCUCAGGACUUUAGUUUCUUUACAGCCUUUAGAGGGUGUUCACAGUGUGUAUAAAGAAAUAAAGGUAAAUAAAUACAAGACCAAAGAGGUAGAAGAUGAAGAAUGCAUAUCGCCAAGAUUGCCAAACCACAAGGAAGAGAGAAAUGGUCACGGUACAGAAAUAUCCUUAAAGAAUUGUGAACAAUUAAAUAAAACCCAGAGCCCAGAAAAAACAAAACCAUGUGCACAACUGCUUCACAUUAAGGGUGUAGCUUGUAUCUCGGAAGAUUUUUCUUCUAGUAUUCCAUGUGUAGAUGUGGAAAGACAUGCAUCAAAUCAGACACUCCUCGUUGAUUUAGAUCUCAUGUCAACGUGUUUGUAUAGCGAGGCGGGUAUGCAUAGCGACUCAACAGAGACUGCCUCUGACUUUGAAAACGAAAUGGGCGAUGAGCACAGCUGGCAUGCUGAAAUAGAGAACCAAAACUACAGUCCAGACACUGCAAGUACAAUUGUCCCUUCCCAUCCUGUUGCAGCAGCAAAAUCAAACGGCUGGAAUCCGGGAUCUGAGGCUUGCCAAGCAAGUAGUAACGGAGAUAAUAUUGAUGACGGGAGGAAGAAAGAAAAUAAGGACGGCUCUCAAACUGAAGCUCAUAAUCCCCUUCCGGCUGUGCAGAAAAAUGCAGAGGCUCCAAGAAAGGCUGGGAGCUCAAGCAGGCACGUGUCUUUAGUAGAAGCUAACAACCCACUAGUUACACAGCUGCUUCAAGGCAGUCUUCCUCUUGAAAAGGUGUUGCCACAGCCUAAUUCUACAAGCAAGCUUGAAAUCCAUCGGCUGCCUGUACCUCCUCAGAUGCCACAGGAAAACCAGUCCGUUAAAAGUGUGCAGAGUAGUAUAGGCAGAGGAGAGGACUCUUGUACAUCGAACUCCAAAACACAUCAAGAUCUUCCUCCAAAAGCCGGGCAAAGACAUUUAAAGUCUUCACUGGCUCACAAUGAAGUUUGGGUUCAAUCUCGGGUUUCCUCAAAUGAAAUUUCCCCAUGUGGGGAGCAAAUCUGUGGUUCCCAGGAACAGGGGAAUACAGUUGUGACUCCAAACACACAUGAAGAUAGCAGAGUCAAUGAGCAGGGGAGCGCCUCUUGUUGUUUUGAAGAAGUGGCGAAUAUUGCUGGAGGACGAUCCCAAGUAAACACUCCUGCAUUGUCAAAUAAUAACCCUUCGAACUCUGCUUUUGGACAAAACUCUGCCUUCGGUUUAAUUGUGGAUAAAGGAUACCCAGGAGUUCCAGGGCAGAAAGGUGCAGCUCAGGAGUGCAAAGCAGGUGACAUGCAGUGCAAUACAGACAUGGACCAAAACAGGCAGGUGUCCCCACAACAUAAUUUUAUCUCCAGGGAAGUUGUGCCCACUGUUAAAAUAGACUGGCACCCAAAACAGCAACCUGGUGUCAAAAAUGAGAACCCAUCAUGUCAAAGUCCUUCCAAAAACGUUCUUGCAACCGGUAAAAAAGACUUGGCAAGUUCUUUUGAAUCCAAGGAACAUUUCCCAGGGACACUGUUAAAUGUAGGAAUGUCUCUUGUCCGAUUGACAAGAGAGUCUGGAAAGCCCUUCCAGCACCCUUUGGAGCCUUCCUAUAUUCCUUUCCAGCUUAAUAUCCAGCAACAGUUUUACGGGAAGCUCCCCAAACUGCAUUAUAACAGCAGCUCAGUCUUUAAUUAUACCACCAACAUGCCAAUUUCAGACCGCGCUCUUAGCGGCUUCUCGAAGAACAUUGCUAACAGUGUGAUGCAGCUGCAGCAGAAGACCUUUGCAGAGCACAGUGUUGAGGAAAUGGCGCUCAAGUGCUCAUGCAGACUGAAAGCCAUGAUCAUGUGUCAAGGCUGUGGUGCUUUUUGCCACGAUGACUGUAUAGGUCCCUCUAAGCUUUGUGUGUCCUGUCUUGUUGUAAGAUAGCGAACAGUGAUCUUCGAGCGUGGUGUACAUAGAAUUGUGCUGUAUUUUUUUGUGGCAUACAAUUUUUUCUAAUGUUAAGUGAAUUGCAAGACUGGGCAUGGUUCCAUUUAUCUUUUACCUCUAUCCUGUUCCAUUACACAGUUAUGGCAUAAGUUGUGUCAUUCAAGGGGUGGGGGACGGGACACCACAUGUCUUGAAUUAUUUUUAAUUACUGAAUAUGGGAAUUGCAUUUCCUAUUCUUAUUCAGGUUCCCAGUUAUGUUUUUUUUUUUGUAUCUUAUGUUCAGCUGUUAAGCAGAGUAUUAAAAUAAACAUUAAACCAGACUGAAUUGAUUUAAAUGUGUUAAAUAAAAUGUACGUUGUGAUUGUACAGUAUUCAUUCUCAAAGCUUUGCUUUCUCUAGGGAAUGUGAACUUGUAAGAAGUCUGAAAUAGAGCCUUCUGUUGUAAAUGACCCACCUAGCAGUAAAUAGUGUAGCGCACCCCAAAACUCUAUACUCCUGUGAAGGGAAAUGGGAUAUGUAGCCACAAUCUGUCAAUUCAAAACCCCAGCCACUGCAAGUGGAACACAGUUAAGAGGACAGCAAUGGAGGGGUGCACCCUGGUUAUACUGUUGAUAUGCAAUUGACAUCUUUCAAAAGAUCUUGAAGGGUAGAAAUAACACAUUUGAGUAAUUGGAAAGCCCACAGUGAUAAGCACACAUCAGAGAACAGCUGGUUCCAGUAAACCAAGUGUGUUCAAAUCCUUCCAAGGCAUUUUGUAUCCAUAAUCAAGUUGACAUUAAGGAAAGCAUUGCAUGCCAAGUUGUUCAUAUGCUGCUGAAUUCAGGGAUUAUGUAUUUAUUGGUUCUUAAAUAAACUGGGAUAGAUGCGG